AUGUUGCGACUUGCGCGUCUGGUGCGAAGCUUGAAGGCCUCCAGGUCCCCGUACCUUCACACCCUUAAAACGUUGAUGUACACCGUGGCGGGGAGUGCCAACGCGUUCCUCUCUGCAAUGUUGCUUCUUGUGAUUGUGAUUUCCGUGUUUGGCGUCUUUUUCAUGCAGGGGUUGCAGAAUUACCUCGAGGGCCCCCGCCAGCACCCCGAGACGCGGAGACAGUUGGAGAUGCACUUUGGCACAUUCAGUGACGCCGCCUUCACCCUUCUCUCGUGCAUCACCGGUGGACUCGAGUGGGGAGAGUUGUCGCCUGCGCUGGAGAGCAUCGACGUGAUGUACAAGUAUUUCUUGGUGGUGUACAUCACGUUUGCUGUUCUUUGCGUGUUGAACAUCUUGAACGGCGUGUUCGUGAAUGCCGCUAUCGAGUCCGCCCAGUCCAACAAGGACUUAGCCGUCGAGACCACCCAAAUCAAGAUGAUGGGUAUGAUUGAGCAAGCUGUCAAAUGGUUUGUUGAUGCGGACAAAGACGGGUCGGGUAAGCUAUCAUGGGAAGAGUUGCGCGAUGUCAUGCGAGACGACGAAGUGCGAACUUUCAUGUUAGCUAGUGGCAUCGACGUCGCGAGCGCUGGGAAGAUCUUCCAGCUGUUGGACGCGGAUGGCUCGGGCUCGCUCUCGCCCGAAGAGUUCGUAGACAAUCUCAUCACGCUGCAGGGCAACGCGAAAGCCAUCGACGUGGCUUCUCUCCGAGAGGUGUGUGUGGCGACCUCGAGGAGUGUCAAGGACCUGGAGGUUGCGCUCCGCGAGCGCGCCCCUCGGCUCGAAAGUAAGGCAUCAGCAGCCCGGGAGCGGCAAGCGCUGAGCCCUCGGCAGCCGCUGAGCCCUCGCCCCGUGGCAAUAUGA